UCCCCUUUCCGCCUUUCCUUGGCUUCCGUUCCUCUCGUUCGGCGUUGCCUGUGCUGGAGAGGUUCACUCUUUACCCCUCCAUGAAUCAUGAAUCCGUGUCUGUUUGCGUUGCUCUUUUGGCAACUUGCAUUUGCACAGCGCCGAGAUGAGGAUCUUAUGUCCUUUGUCACGCUCCCCGAAGUCAGGGCCCUGAAAUUCGAAAUCACCCACCACAAUCGAGACCGGGCGAGUCCCGGUUACUGGUUCGUCGCUCCGUACGGUCUGAUUGACCCGGAGACUCCGACACGCAAGUAUCUGCAGUAUCAGGUCGGACCCUAUAUCUAUGAUCAAGAUGGCGUUCUCAUCUGGGCCGGAUCACCCAUGUUCGACAACCGAAACGUCUUCGAUUUCAAGGCGAUCCACAAUAUCGACGACAAGCCACACCUAUCCCUGAUUGCGCAGCGGUCCUUUGACGAAACGGUCCAGGGAAGCGGUGUGAUUUUGAGUCAGCAUUACGAGGUCGAGUCGCAGACCUUCAAGUUGCCCAACACCUGGGAAUUCAAUGUCCACGAGUUCAAAGUGCUCGACGGCGCCAAAUCGGCACUGGCCUGCGUGUAUCAGUCGAAAAUGCUUGACAUGACUGAUGUGGGUCAUCCAGGGGAAGAGAGGCUUUUCCUGACGGGGGGAUUUGCAGAGCUGGAUCUGGCCACGGGAGCUCCAUUGUUCGAAUGGGACUCGGCCGACCACCUGGGCCUGCAUGAGACCGACCGAUUCCAUACGUGGGAUGAACCGAUGGGCCCAUUCGGAUGGGAUUCCGUGCACAUGAACGCGGUGGAUAAGAAUGCUGCUGGCGACUAUAUCAUCUCGAUGCGGUUCACGGAUACGAUCUAUAUGAUCUCCGGAGUAGAUGGCCGGGUGAUGUGGCGAUUGGGGGGACCAGAGAGCAACUUCAUCCAGGACUUUGUCUUUUCCAAGCAGCACGAUGUUAAAUUUGUCGAGUCGAACGGAACGCAUCACAUCAUCUCCUUCCUGAACAAUGCCUCAGAUGAGAUCACGACGGAUGAGACCGUCUCGUCGGCCUUAUUCGUGGAGCUGGAUACGGCAGCCAGCCCGAUGACAGCCCGAUUGAUCGCACGCUAUAACCGUCCCGAUGGACAGCUAUCACGACUGCGCGGCAAUGUUCAGCUUCUUCCGAACGGCAAUGUCUUUGUUGGCUGGAGCGAACAAGGUUACCAGAGUGAGUUUUCCCCGGAAGGCGAGGUCUUGAUGACUGCCCGGUUUGCGUCCGAUCGCUUCUCAACCUACCGCGCCUACAAGUCCGAGUUCACUGGUCGGCCUCGCGCGCCCCCUGACCUGGUGGCAUCUGUAUACGGCACCAAUGAGGACGAUCUGACGACCGUCUUCCACGUGAGUUGGAAUGGUGCCACGGAUGUGGCUGGCUGGAACUUCUACGCCCAGGCGUAUGAUGGCGGAGCCCCGGUGCUUAUCGGUUAUGUGAACAAGGCCGAUUUCGAAACCAUGUACAUCGCCCACGGCUUCCUAGACUGGGUGUCGGUCGCGGCCAUCGACCACGAGGGCAAUGUGAUGGGCACCUCCGCCGUGCAUCGCACCAAGACUCCUGACAACUGGAAGACUGCUGGCUUCGUAGGGUCGUCCAAAGGUCUCGCUCCGAUGAAUCCGUCGACCAUUUACAAGGAGGGCCAGGCCAGCGGGGAUUCUCUGAGUCAUUCUGCCUUGUCGGAUGCUGAUACUAAGGAUCUCGUGGGCGCGCUCUCCCAGGCAUACGAGGUCGUCCGCGGGCUCGGAAGCCUCCUCAUCCUCAUUCUGGUCGGGUCGUCUAUUCUCGGGAUUCUCUUGGCUGUCUUUUGGGUGCUCCGCCGCCGCCGGCAGACACCGACCUAUCGCCAUGUUCCGUCGGAAGAGAGUUUCCCUAUGGAAGAGAGCCAUUUGCGAGAUAAUGGGUCUGAUUAAAGACGUGAUGACGGUCGGCGACCCACAGAGAAAAGAUGGCUUUUUGUACGAUGUAGAAGUCGCAUGAUUCUUGUAUAUAGCUUUGGUCUUCAUGGAGAGAUGCAUCAGUUAGCCUCGAGAAUGUCGUGUCAUUAGAAUAGACAGGGGGAUGCACCUUGCGGUAAAGUAUUCGUCACUGGUAGGAAUCCCAGUUCUUGUGGAUGUACUCCGUCGAAGCAAGGCAGAUGGCGGUCUGCACAUCUAUGUAUCUAGAUAAUAGAUAGUAUCAACCGAGCCGAUGGCAUGGAUCCAUGGAAAGGCGAACCGUGGUUCACAGCAGUGACAGCAC